AUGCAUCUACCUGAGGACGACUGGUUACUCCCUUCAAAGGCAUUGGAGGAAUCAGAGUGGCUCAGAGUUACACUGCAUAAAUGGUUGGAUGAUGAGUACUGUCCGGAGGAAACAAAUGUUGAGAUCAGCAAGGUAGCUGCCCAGUCAUUUUAUCAAUCUUUGUUGGAGAAACAAUCAGACGUGGGUGAGAUUCUUUUGAAGAUGGCUAGAGAACUAGAAUCCAUUUCUUAUCGGGAAAGCUUUCAUGGGGCAUUCUCGUCGGCGAAUGCAGCUGUUAGCUUAAUUAUCCAACGAAUAGAGCAGUUGUAGGUUGAUUUUUUGAGUAAGUACUUGGUAUGUACUGUUUAAACUGCUCAGUGCUUUCAGUUCGUUUUUGUUAUGAAUUGUGCUUCAUUUAUGUAAUAGUGCCAUGAACACUACUCAUGAAACACGAAAUUCUUUAGCGGGAACCA